CUCUCUUUCCUGCCCUUGUUACAGAACGACGAGGGAUACGCAGUGAACGUUCUAUUUGACGACAUCUACGGUAACAACACCAAACGCAAAGUGAUGGUGAUUGGUGGACUCCGAAAUGAAAUCACCGAAGCCAUCUCAAAGCCACUCAUCUACUGGGGCGUGGUCCAAAUCACUUACGGAUCGCACGCCCCAUCUUUGACGGGUAACCGGUAUCUCUUCCGGACCAUCCCAUCAACCAACAGCUACAAUGAUCCGCGGAUAAAGAUGUGCAUUAAGUGGGAGUGGAAAAACGUCGGCAUAUUAGGGGUUAACAGCCUCGAUAACAUUGCUGUGGUGAACGAUUUGAUAACCAAACUUGACGCAAGCAACAUUCAUGUCAUGGUCAAAGAGGCUUUCAACGUCGAUAAGAACAUGGAAACGAUGUCGCAAAAUAUCGCACAAUCACUCAAGUACCUCAAGGAGAAAGAUGUGCGAGUCAUCAUCGGUAAUUUCUACCAGAAAGAGGCCAUCCAAGUAUUCUGUGAGGCCUACAAGGCCAAGUUGUAUGGUUUGAACUACGUCUGGUUGAUAUGGGGGCACUACGAAAAUGAGUGGUGGAAAAUGGAUGAUGAAACGACCGACUGUGCUCCAGAGGAGAUUUCGGCGGCAGUGGAAGGCUACAUUGCAGUCACAUUUGAUGUUCUAGGGGACAGUAACAACGAAACCAUCUCAAAAAUGACGGCGUCCGAGUACAGUGACGUCAUGCUACGUCAGACCGGCGUGGACUUCACGCGGGAAACCAAACCUGGACCUUUCGCCUACGAUGCCGUCUGGGCCUCUGCCCUUGCCAUGAACGCGUCCCUGGAAGACAUGCCCUUCACGCUCGGGCAAUUCACCUAUGGCGGCAUCGGAAUCAACAUGUCGGCGAUGUUCGUCAAGAAGCUUUUUGAGAUACAGUUUUUAGGCGUCUCGGGGCCGGUCGUAUUCAGUGAGAGCGGAGACAGAAUGGGAGUUCUACGCAUUAACAGAAACAUUAAUGGAACAGUAAGAGACAUAGGCCGAUACUACAGACGAGAUGAUCGUAUCGAAUGGUACAUGCCGAUGGAGAAUAUAUGGGCUUCCAAUGGCGGGCACCCACCUCAAGAUGCUGAUAGUCAUCAAAUAGUGAUAGAGCAGGUGUCACGUGAGCUCUUCAUCAGUAUGCUCACCUUCUCCAUCGUCGGCAUCGUCAUCGCUAUCGGUUUCCUCUUCUUCAACAUCUUCUACAGGGAUGAGAAAUUAAUAAAGAUGUCGAGUCCAAACAUGAACAACAUCAUAAUCGGGGGCUGCAUUCUCACCUACAUCACAGCUAUCAUCUUAGGUGUGGACAUAGGACUACUCGAUCAAAACGGUCUCAAGAUAAUGUGCCAGGCCAGAACGUGGAUAUUUUCUAUAGGUUUCACACUAUCAUUUGGAGCAAUGUUUUCUAAAACAUGGAGAGUAUACAGCAUAUUCACAAACAAGAAACUGCAGAAAAGGGUAAUCAAGGAUUAUCGUCUAUUCGCCAUGGUGGGCAUUCUACUCCUCAUCGACAUCACCGUCCUCAUGGUAUGGCAGAUCAUCGAUCCCCUACAAGUCCAAGUAGAGAUCAUCGAAGUCAGGGCUGAUCCAGAUAGACCGAAUUUAAUCUUCAAAACAGAGCAGCACACGUGCGACAGUAGAUAUGAGCAGUAUUUUAUCUGGACGCUUUUCAUCUACAAAGGUCUCUUACUCAUCUUUGGUACAUUUAUCACGUGGCAGACAAGGAACGUGAGCAUUCCUGCCUUGAACGAUAGCCGGUAUAUCGGGGUAUCGAUCUACACGGUAGUAAUUUUCAGCGCGCUAGGUGUGCCUCUCUCCUUCCUCUUAGCCGAGAAUAGCAGUUAUAGCUACGCCAUCAUAGCAGGCCUCAUCCUCUUCUGUACAACGCUAACCCUUGCUCUGCUCUUUCUGCCAAAAGUCUUCAGCAUAAUCCAUGGCUACGCCCCGGAAGAAGUUGGGAGUCGGGUCAUGUCAAAUGUCAACGGUCGACCGGCUUACUCGUCAGGUUUCCGAAACGGUCCCGGAGGAAGCCGAUCGCAGAAAAAGAGCACGCUCUUGGCCGCCGAAACUAGCCAAACUGCAGCCGAUAGGGAAAGAACUUCAGAAGCACAAAUUGCUGUGUGAUGCAGUGUGAAACGACAGAACCGUUGUUUUAAAAUGUUGAUGUUUCGCAUUGACCACUUGCCAUUUUCGUUUGUAUAAUGACUUCACUGACAAGGAUAUCGUUAUCCCACAAGUUAUAACGAGCGACGUGAAAAAGCCUCCGUAAACCCGACAACUAUGGAGGAAUUUAGAUUUCAGUGCACUACGCACCCAUUGAUGAAAAAGGGAGAAAUAGACGACGAUAUGCCGACGGUUGAACAUGGAAUCUUCGAAAGCUGCCACAGCUUGGUUGGAAACAGAGUUUGAUAUGAUCGUUUCAUCAAUCCUAUAAAAACAGUACUUCUGAAGAAAUGAUCAAUUGAAGAUGUGAGGUCUGGACUAAAUUUUGUAAUGAGAAUGAACGCUAUGGCCAAAAACAAUCAAACAAUAGCGAGGAGCAGUUGUAUUUCCGAAUUGAUGGAUUAGACAUGAAUUUCUGAAGAAUUGGAUGCACAUUUGCAAUAGAUGUGUUAAUACCACAGAAAAGUAGGUGUGCUAAUUCGAAGUGUGGCAACGAUUUACAAGCUUUAGUGUAUCGCUGUUGGUCUGUGCCAUAUGGAAGCUAGAGGAAAAGAACUUCUCAAUAAAUUGUCUACUUUGGAUGGACCCUUGUGUGAAUUCAUGUCUUACAUGGGGAGAUAUGAUAAAGGUCUUUCAAUAAGAACCUCGUUGUACGCAAGUUAUCCUAGGUAUCCCUACAAUUAUAUUCACGGAGAGCAGAGAUAUCUCUUGAUAUUUGGAAAAGAAAGCGAGAACAAUCAACUAUAAGCUGCCACAUCGGUAGAUCAAAUCAUCGAAGCGCAGAGCCAUCUAUAUACAGAGUUUGGCCAACUAAGUUUCACUUGGUCACAACAUGGCGUAUACUUUCCUUGUUUUGUGCUUGCCCAACAAAGCAAUAUUCGCCAUAUCGUGCCAAACUCGAACAGGGUUGGUCAAACUCUCCCAAUCAAUUGCUCUUACGAAGCGCAUUGAAUAGCGCCCGCACAUGAUGCAGAAGCAUGGCAGCAAAAUUCUGAAAGAAAAAGAUGCAGUUUUUACCUUAUUUAAGCUGAAGAUUAUGAAAUGUCAGACGAGGAGGAUUCCAAUACAUUUUCGCAUUUGUUGCUCGCGAAAAUAUUCUAAGCGUGAUGACACCAUAUCGUAUUCAACGACAUCGACGAUAUGUACAUCGCAGCGGGCAUCGACGCGGAAAUCGAAACAGCGUAGCGUGCAGCAUAGCGUGCAACGUCCAAGACCAGACCUUAAAGUUGUAAGGAACGAUGAAAAAAAAGUUGCUUGUCAUCAGUGUUUUCGGCAUUACCAUGUAUAAAAUUCACCGGCAUGUACGACUUGUGGUUUCAAAUUGACUUGACGUGCAUGAAUUAGAGUAUUAUACCAUUAACCUCGAUGAUAAUGACAUCACUUUUACCAAUGAUUAUUUAUAUCAUGGAAUUACGUUUGCGAGACUGCCCACGUAGCAUUCAUUUUUCGUUAUGUAACCAAUGGUAAUGAUUUCAUUUUAAAAUUAAUGAAGAAAUUUCAGAAAAUUGCCUGUUACGAACUGGUUGUACUUAGUAUUUACAAAUAUAAUUUCGAGUAUUUCAAGAACAUUUGAGAUAUUCUUUGAAUGUUAAUUUAAUUUCUAAUGAAAAAAAAUAACUUCAUGGUUUGAAAGCAUGUAUCAGUUCCUAGUAUAUAUGGAGAGCUGGUAUUACGAACAUAAUGAGCUGUUUUCAAAAAGUAUUGCGGAAAUGUGACGACUAUAUAUGGAGUGCCACUUGUAACCCUCACUGUAAACCACAAACGGACCUCGCGCGUCUCAUAGUGAUUAGAUUCGCGAAAGAAAGACUGUGUGAAAAGAAUUUCAGGCUGGUUAUGAUGGCCAAAAUGAACUGCAUGUUCAAGGAGUAUUUUAGUUAGGAAAAUUUAGUAUAUAAACAUUUAUUUAAACGUUUCAUCUGUCAGUAUACACUACGUCAAAAAAGAAAAGAAAAUGUAGAAUACUUGUUUCUUGAACGAAUUUGUUCAUUUGCCGUGAGUGAAUAUUCAUAUAAAACUGCAGUACACAUGCCUGCAUAAUUCUAAACAGGUAAAUGUGAAAUAAUAAUGAUGCUUUGUAUUGUAGAGAGCCUCAAAAAGAACGACUUUAGCAGUCGUGAGGAAUAUUAUGUUUGUCAGGACUGUGCAUCCUAACAACGAGCGAUAUGAGGUGUAAUAACCCCCUUUAAAAUCAUCUCAGUGGAACCAAGUUGCUUAAUAGUUUAUUUCUUGUAAGAAGAUCUGAAAAUGUGAGCACGUUUGGAAAUCUUAGUCCAUGAAAUUGAAAUGCAUAAUCCCUGUUCUAUGAAAAAGAAUAUGACGAAGUGUGCACGAUCUUAGUUAUUUGCAAGAUAUCCUAAAAUUCGAUGCAAGAAGAUGAUGGCAUUUUGGCUUUUGUGGCUGCAAACAAUAUGUUGUAUUUCAUAUGAGUAAAUGAUUACGUAAUAGGUUCACGGUAGAGUAUGUGAGUAUUACAAUGUACAUAGUUAGCAAACUUUUUACCAGAUAAUUUAUCUUUGGUUUUUCCUGAAAGAGAAAAGCCUAACACCGAAUAAUGUGUACAUAGAACACUUGCAUUGAAACAUAUAUACUUCCAUUCUUAUUAUGUGUAAAUAGUUGUAAAUGUGACAGGAUUAUAAUACUGCUGUUUGAAAUGAAUCUAUUAUAUCCUAUGUUUUGUUACAAGUAUAAUAUGCUCUUAUCGACACUACACCCGGCCUAAAGAUAAUGUAAAAAGGAUGUUGUCUUGUUUUGUAUUUUCGAAUUAUACUUUGUCUUCACUGUUUUAGUCAAGUUAUGCUGAAUUCAUGCUUUAUCAUUGGAAAUUCAUUAUUGUAGCAUGCAGCUACCACGCAUUAUGUGACGGGACUGUGUGUACGAAAACAAAGUAAAGAAAUUCAACGUUGAACACACACACAUAGCAAUGUAUUCAUUGUAAUAUGCAUUCAACACAAUGCAUUCAGUGCAAUAUACAUUCAAAAGAAUGCAUUCAUUGUUAUAUUCAUUCAAAACAAUGCAUUCAUUGCGAUAUGCAUUCAAAACAAUGUAGUCAUUGCAAAAUGCAUUCAAAACAAUGCAUUCAUUGUAAUAUACAUUCAAAACAUUGCAAUAAAUGCAUUCAUUGGAUUUUGCAUUCAAAAUAAUGCAUUCACUGACAUUUGUAUUCAACAUAGCUUAAUCAUUGAGAUUUACAUUCAAAGCAACGGAUUCGAAGAAGCAAUUAUGAGAUGGAUGCACUAUACUUUAUGACAUGUCAGAAUAAAUUAAGGCUGCGCAUGAUGCGGGAUUCGCAUAUUUGUAUCCAUGAAAUUGACAAUUGUAAUCAAGGUAACAUAUUACUUUUUCAUUAUUGUCGCAAGGGGCACGGAUCGGGCGGGUGGGGGGUGUGAGGGUGUGAGUGCGUUCGCAUUGUUUUGGGGUUGUCCAGAAUCUGGACGGUUUUUAUUUUAUUUCGCGAUUGUGAUCUCUCCCAUCCUCUACCUGCUGCAAGCCGAAGAUGGUGGGAUCCAAGGAAAUCCGUGCGAGUCGAUAAUGUCGAUGGUACCCCUAGUCUUUCUCCGGACGUCGAAGUUCGGGGAUCGUCGGCUUUCAGCUAGUAGAGGAUGAUCACGGUGGUGGAGAUUAUUAAAAUUAAAUUUAAACUUUAAAUUAGACGGUGGGGCUACUUCCAUAGUAUAAAAUCUAGCACUUUCCCCGGCCUAUACUUUGGACAAUUCCAAUAGUGCGGACUUCAAAUUCUGGAUUCGCCGUUCGCAUCCCACCUUAAAUGGUUAAUAAUUAAUGGAGUUGUGACGAUCAAGAACAAAAAAAUCCAUCGCAUUCAUCUUUAUAACUUUUGUUUGUUCGUAAGAUGACGUUUAUCAAAUAAUGUCCUUCUUCUAAUAUUGUUUAAUUUAAGGAAACCCAGAUGAAAAGAAAAUCUUCGCACAUUACUAUAAUUCUUUUGCUAAUUCUUAGUUGUGAACUAUGAGCUGAAGUAGACCCUAACAAAUUUGAACAUCGGGAAAUAAUAAGUGUAUUAAUUUUAUCUUACACACUAAGGAAUACAUGUACCGGUAAUGUUAAACUUUAGAUAUUGUUUUGACGUAGGGGUGCAAUAUUAAACCAUUUAAAGUAUUUUUUCAUUAUACACCCUUGUAGGUGAGAUAAUAACAAUGUUAACAUCAUGAUGGAAGUUUAAUAGAACACCUUUGAUGGUGCGAAAUAUAUAACUUUUUUUCAUAUUGGGUUAAAUACUGCUUUUAUCAAAGAGCUGCUAUGGCGAACCUUUUUAGUACAUGUAGUUACAAAAUAAAGGAACAAUGUAUUAACGUGUAUGAUAUUUGCCCGGUGAUACUUUAACAGCGUUUUUUGUUAAUAAUUGAAUGAAUAGAAAUAAUCAUCACGUGUCGAUUUCUAACUCAAUUUAAAAUUUGAAAAAAAGAGAUCUUGUAUUGAAUAUGCGUUUGAUAUUUUGGAAAAAAAUCAAGAUAGUUUUCUUCUUAAUUCUAUGCUUUUAAGAUAAUGCAUUAAUUUUGGUAUGAUAGAGUAUAAAAAAUUACCCAAAACGACAUAAAUGUAAAUAAUUCAUUUAAUGUAAAGUUAUGGUAACGUUUUGGGUGCUAUGUACGCUUCACAUCUGUAAAAUAAAAUAAAACUGAGUGUACUAAUAUGUCA